AUGGCUACAUUUGAAGACUAUUGUGUAAUAACCCAAGAUGACCUGGAUGAUAUUAAAGAUUCAAUAUCUACUCAGGAUCUCCCAUCAGCAGUAAACACCAUCAAAGAGUAUCUCAAGCAGCAAGAUAUUGGUGUGACUGGAGAGUCUGAUUCUGGAAAGUCCACAUUUGUCAUUGCACUUAGAGGUUUAGGAGAUGAAGACGAGGGCUCUGCUGAAACUGGCCCCGUAGAAACCACUAUGGAGCCUGAAGCUUAUAUUCACCCGAAAUACCACAAUGUGAAAAUCUGGGAUCUUCCUGGCAUUGGAACACCAAAUUUCAAAGCUGAUGAGUAUCUUGAGUUGGUUGAGUUUAACCGCUAUGGUUUUUUCAUUAUCAUUGCUUCAGAUCGGUUCAGAGAAUGCCACACUCAUCUGGCCAAAGAGAUCAUGAGGAUGGGGAAGAAGUUUUUAUUUGUUUGCUCCAAGAUUGAUGCAAGCAUUAAAGCUGAGAAGAAGAAGAAGAACUUUGACCCAAAAAAGACUUCCAUCCGCAAGGACUGUAUAAAUGGUCUGAGAAAGAUUGGUAUCGAGGAUUCCAUUGUAUUCCUGAUCUCAAGCUGGGAGCUUGGCAAGUAUGAUUUAAAUCUGCUGCAGGACAGAAUGGAGAAAGAGCUUCCACAGCAUAAGAGACGUGUGCUGAUGCUGGCUUUACCAAAUAUCACACUGGAGAUUAAUGAGAAGAAGAAGAAAGCUCUUGAGGAAAUCAUUGGAAAAGUUUCCUUUCUGUCUGCUUGUGUUGCUCUUUUCCCCCUUCCUGGUCUUUCCAUCACUGCAGACAUAGCCAUCAUAGCAGAAGUGCUGAGAAAGUACUACAGUGCAUUUGGUCUGGAUGAUCCAUCCCUGCAGAAACUCUGUGAAUGAUCGGGGAAAACCGUAGAGGAACUGAAGAAUCUGAUGAAGUCUCCUCUGCAUCAUGGGAUCAACCCUAGUUCAAUAUUAACCUUGCUGGGUGCUGCCUCUGUUCUUAUAUCAGAAGAUGCUGUUGAGUUACUUGUGAGCUUCAUACCCAUUAUUGGCUAUGUGGUGGCAGUACGACUCUCUUAUUUGACCGUCUCAAGAAUGCUAAAGAAAGCUCUGAAUGAAAUAGCAGAAGAUGCUAGGAAUGUUUUAAUGGCUUCACUAGAGACUGAAGUAUAA